AUUCUAUCAUUUCAUCACUCCUAGAAGCAGCUCAUCGUUCGUAAGAACCUUGUCUGGGGCUUGGACCGGAAUAUGCGCUUGCUCUCUCCAUGCAGCAAACCCUUCGCCACCUUUCUCCCAUCCGAAUUCCAUCUCGCAGAGAGAGAAGGAAGUGAGAAGAGAGGAUGGCCAAGUCUCCUGCAUGGGCUUCCUGCGCCGAGGAGAAGAAGGCCUGCGUAGGUUGGAUUGAGAAGUAUUUCAAGGACUGCGUGUGCAGUCUUAGCGGCGAGAUAUCAUUCGGCCUCGGUCUGAUUAGCCUCAUCUGCUGGGGGAUUGCGGAGAUCCCACAAAUCGUCACCAACUUCCAGACCAAGUCCUGCCAUGGUGUCUCCCUUGGACUCAUCCUCACUUGGGUCAUCGGUGACAUCUUUAAUUUGGCGGGCUGCCUUCUCGAGCCAGUAACGUUGCCAACCCAAUUUUAUACGGCACUGCUCUACACUGCCACUACGGUGGUCUUGCUAUUGCAGACGUUGUACUACGACUACUGGCUUAGAUGGUGGAAAAGCAAAGUUGUCGAGUCUAUAGUCGAGGUCGAGGAAGAGAGGAAGCCUUUGAAUCCAAAGCUAGAUGACGAUUCGAGCAGGCCAAUACCUACCACAGCCUCAGAUCGGGCAUCGCCUCGGAUCGAUCUAUACUACAGGUCGGCGAGGUCUUUGGCCAGCAGCGGGACUCCACCGUAUGGCUCGUCUUAUCUGGGAACGGCCAGGAGCGGACCAUCUGGCUCAGCACUGCACGACUCGUCGUCCGAGGACGAGGCCUCUCCAGCUCAUGAUUCAAGGCACCGGGUAGCUGCCAAGCCCAAGCAGAUCGUGUCACGUUCGGUUGGUUAUGGAGCAAUUAUCAUUGGUUCAACUGGUCUUCCCUUCCAAAGUAGGGCUAUGAUGGAAAAAUACAUGGGUUUAGCUGGAAGAAGAAUAUUGUUGCAGGAAGAGAGAGUGAAGACAUUGGAUGGUAGUCCUUAUGGCCUUUUGUUAGGAUGGAUUAUGGCUGCCAUAUAUAUGGGAGGCCGCCUGCCACAAAUAUACUUAAAUAUUAAACGAGGGAGUGUGGAGGGUUUAAACCCACUUAUGUUCAUGUUUGCACUCAUUGCUAAUGCAACUUAUGUCGGAAGCAUACUCGUGAGGAGUGUCGAAUGGGAAAGGAUAAAGGCUAAUGCCCCUUGGUUGUUAGAUGCAAUAAUCUGUGUGCUUCUCGACUUAUUUAUCAUGAUACAGUUCACCUAUUACAAGUGCAUGCAUAGAAGGGAGAGCCACGAAGAAGAUGGAUGCGGAGAUUAUGUGGAGGUCAAGAGUCCCUUGCCUGAAAGCUAAGGUGGAGUCAAGAAAUCGAUGUGUUUAUCGAUCAGAUGCUAAUCUCCUUUAGUUGUUUAUGUUUUAUCUGAAUUUUAUUGAGGAUGUAGCCUAUAUUACUCAGAUUUCUGCACAUUAUGGAUAUUGAAGACUUUUCUCCUUGCGAAUGUUGCAUAACUUGCGAUUGGUCAACUA